CUCUCUUCUUCCACCUUCUUCACUCACACAAAAAACCAGAAAAGGUUUGUCCUUUUCUGGUUUCUCCCUCUCUGUUGCCCUAGUUUUGCAGCACCACCUUAUACCCUAUUCAUCGGCGAACUGAGAUGUACAGACACAUACAUUCCCCGUAGCAAAUUUGUUCGUGAAGAGUCAUUAUUCUGGAAAAGUUGCAUCUUUUCAGAAAUGGGUGCAUAAACAGCGUCAACGAAACCACUCUAGGUUUUCAUAUUUAACCACGCAGACAUGGAAAAGCAGAACCCUUUUGGUGACACCCUCACUGUAAUGAUGAAUCCGAUGAAGAAGAACGUGCAGGGUGAAAGCACCAUGAAAACCCCUUGGCAAGUGUUGGAUGAACUGCGUGGUGAAAGUAGUGAUGACGGUGAAAAUGACGUUGGUGGAGGGAGUGGUAAUCACAGAAGAGGGAAGAAUGGUGUUGGUGGUGGAAGUGGUGGUGAGAAUGGUAAUGGUGGUGAUGUUAGUGGUGGUGGUGGGGUUCCUCCGGUGGCUGUGGUGGAGAGUGGUGGUGUGAGGGAGGGAGUGAUGGGGAAAAAGAGAAAGACUUCGGUAGUGAGGGAUCCUCCCACUGGGAAACCUACUUGUGCUCUUUGUCUCAAAGAGUUUCCGACAUGGAAGGGUGCGUUUGGUCACAUGAGGGCACACCCUGAUCGUGAUUAUCGUGGUUUCUUCAAACCUCCUGUGUUUGGAUCCACAUCCUCAACCCAACACCAUCAUCCCCUGAAGAAGGGUAACACAUCAGAGAGUGGUGAUGGUGAAAGCAAGAGUACUGGUGGAGAGAAAGGGUCAGCAUCGGUGCCUAUUCAAAUGUUGAUGUUUGAUCUGAAUGAACCACCAAGUGCAGUGGAGAAUAAUGCUGGUGGGGCUGUUACAGAAAAGAGUGCUGAGAAUGGAAAGAUUUUUGGAUUUGACUUGAAUGCUGAGGGAAAUGUUUUUGGGUUUGACUUGAACGAGAUGCCCUUGGCUGAAGAAUGAUGGAUCAAGAUCGAUAGUUAUCUAUGUAAUACCUAAAAAACGUUGGGCUAUUUCAAUAAAAUGCUGCUGGUUAGUA